AUGAGACCCCUGUAUCCACACUUCAUAGAGAGAAGCAAAACCAAGUAUGGGACUCCUGUCUGCACUGUGUAUCUAGUCAGAGCAAGCUGUGUAGAUUUACUGUGUCCUAAAAAGCUGGGUAACUUUAUGGAUAAUACUGUUGUAACCAUUCAUUUAAAGACGUUUAAUCUCAUGCAAUCUGAGUUAUGUUCUACAGCCAGUCGUCCAGCUACAGCAGACCUCAAACCAUCCAAGUCUCAUCAGGAGACUGCCUCACUCCCCUUGUUUCCUGGAGUGCAUGAUAGUGUCCAAACAAAAAGCAAGAACUGCAAAGUGCUGUGGCUGUUGGUGCUGAGUUCUCUUGCCAUUGUUAUUUGGCAAACCUGCAGUUGCUUUAUCUACUACUAUGACUGGCCAACCACAACUGCUGUGGUGAUUCAGUGUGUGGAAAAUAUCAAAUUCCCUGCUGUGACUUUUUGCAGCUUAAACAGGUUUCUAGCUCAUGCAGCAAGCAACCUCAAAAUAAUUUUUUUAGUUUGGAACAUUGUGUCUGCAGUUGAAGAAAAACACUCUGAAGAGAUAAAUUAUGCCCUCCUGGGGAACCAGAACUUCAGCAUCAAAGAGUUUACAAGGAAAAAUGGAUUUUAUCUGAACAGAAGCACAGUGCUAGAAGGUGACCCUGCCCUGAACCUUGUGUGUAUUGACAUGAAAUACCAUGGUCUAAGCUACAAAAUAACACAGCAGCAGAAGCCCUUAUGUUUAUUUUCUUCUAUUACAGCUGAUGUAGGCAGCCAGCUUGGAUUGUUUUGUGGUGCCAGUGUGAUUACAGUCAUAGAAUUGUUGGAGUAUAAUUUUAGUAAUUUUUGUUGGAUGUGCAUCUUUCUUCUGUUGAAAGCUCCUGAAAUCCCUCAGUGGAACAAUCCAUCCCAAAACCAUUCAACAGAUGAGGAUAAAAAGAAGGGAAUGUAA